AUGGCACCCAAUGGCUCAUCAGCCGUGAAGCGGCUCCUCGCAGCUGCCAUCCAGGUCCGCUCAUACUCAGCCCCAGCAGACCGCGCAAUUCCCGCGGCCAAGCAAAAGUACAUACCAGUUUCCGGCACAUAUCCCAAAGGCUUCCUGGCUGGCAGUGCUUUUGCUGGCGUCAAGUCGAGCAACACCAAAUAUGACGAUCUUGCACUCGUCGUAUCCGAGGAAGCCUGUCCCGCCGCCGCCGUCUUCACCAAAAAUAUCUUCAAGGCCGCGCCAGUCAUCACCUCAAAGCAGACCUUCUUUGACAGCAAGAAGAAUGGGCAUGGCCUCGAUCGCUUCAGGGGUGUUGUUGUGAACUCAGGCUGCGCGAACGCAGUCACCGGCAAGCUAGGCCUUGAGCAUGCCGAAGCAAUGGCUCGCACCACCGAUCAAUGCUUUGGUGACUCUUCCCCCGACGCACCGCCACACACUCUGGUCAUGAGUACUGGUGUCAUUGGCCAGCGCUUACCUAUCGACCGCAUCACCAAUGCCAUCCCGAAACUUCACGAGAAUUUAGGAAGCUCCCACGAGCACUGGAUGGCCGCAGCCCAGGCCAUUUGCACCACUGACACCUUUCCCAAGCUCAUUUCAAGGACCUUCACGCUUCCCUCGCACCCGGACACCACCUACAGCAUCGCUGGCAUGACCAAAGGCGCUGGCAUGAUUCACCCAAACAUGGGCACCCUCCUGGGUAUAGUCUGCACGGAUGUAAAGGUUGAUCCAGAGUCUAUGCGAAGUAUCUUGCGCCAUACAACAAGCAAAUCCUUCAACUGCAUCUCCAUCGACGGCGACACCAGCACCAACGACACCGUAAACUUCUUCGCAAAUGGCGCUGCGGCUCCUGCGGGUGCUAGCCCUGUUCGCUAUAUCCCCAGAAAACAGAUGGCAGACGAGAGCACAGCCUCUGCAACUGAACAAGCCGACUUUGAAGCUUUCACCCGCGUCCUGGACAACUUCUUCGUUGAUCUGGCCCAGCUAGUGGUCCGCGAUGGCGAGGGUGCAACCAAAUUUGUCACCAUCCGCGUGCGCUCAGACGAGGGCUAUGUCCCCGCCAAACGCGCAGCCGUAAGUAUCGCUCGCUCUGCCCUGGUAAAGACGGCCUUGUACGGCAAGGAUGCGAACUGGGGCAGAAUCUUAUGUGCUAUUGGGUACGCACCAGGCAUCAUGGGAUCCGACACCCUUCCAGUGCAUCAGUUUGCGACAAGGGACAGCAAGAGUAGAGAUAGCAGUCCCGUGGUCAUACCUUCACGCACUAGCGUCAGCUUUAUUCCUGCGGACGGCAGUGAGGAGUUGAAACUUUUGGUCAGAGGCGAACCCGAGCAAGUUGAUGAGCAGCGAGCGAAGCAGAUCUUGGAGCAGGAGGACCUUGAAAUUUUGGUGAGGUUGGAGGAUGACGGAGCCGAGGCACCUGCAAGGAGGAGGAGGAGAUCUGAGGCUGUCUUCUGGACUUGUGACUUUAGUCAUGAGUACGUUACCAUCAAUGGUGACUAUAGAACCUAG